AUGGGCAUCCCACACUCCACCGCCCGCUGGGUAGCUCCAGUUUCCUUCCUCAUUGACUUCGCAGCCCAGCAAUAUGGCAUGCUCAGCUCCCCCAACAUGAAAGACGUCCACGACGCAAACCUCUCCUUCUGGUCCCCCCAACCAUUCUUCAUUGCCGGAUUCUUCUUCCCGCAACAAUUGUUCCAAUUAGCGUGGCUGUAUCGCCUUUGGAAACUCGACCCCUCAAAAGGCGAGAAGGAACGACAAGAGACGCAGCAGAUGGUGGAUUUCGUGCCGUAUUAUGCUGUAGGCAAUUUGUGCAUUGCUACUUGGAUGAUAUUCUGGAAUGCCUCGGCGCUGAAAACAGCCAAUAUCUUCGUCCUCAUAAAUUCCUUUACACAGCUCUAUUACAUUUUCUUCCGUCUCCCACCUAUGAAUACUCGCUCCACUUCCUCGGUCCUCACGCACAUCGUCUCCAAGACCUUCGCUGGAAUUGGAGUCCUAGAUUUCUUACACAAUGGUUCGGUUGCAUAUUUCGAUCAUCAGGGUCCGAAUAUGUUGGUGAAGGUCGGGACCGGAUUGGGAUUUGCGGCUUUGGCUAGUGUUAGUGAUUGGAUUUUUGGAGGGUGUUUGGUGUAUGAUCUUGUGGCGCUGAGCGUGGGUCAGAGUGGGAUUAAGGGACAAGAGGGUUGGGGACGGUUGUUGGGCAUGUAUGCUGCGGGGACGGCGGCUGUCGUUGGUGUGAGGAAUUGGUUGAGGUAG